GAUCGUUUGUGUACAGGUAUUAGUUGGGAAUGUCUUAACAUAUUUAAGUCAACUACCUGGUACAUGGUUUACCUAAGAGAGAAGUACAGCCAACCUGGUACUCUGGAGCAGAAUGUGAAAAUCUUCACCAGAGCAUUUAUAUGAAGAUCUGCUGGCUGUCAUCUCCAAACAGUUUUCAAGGACCGAAUGCAGCAAAAACCGCAGUUUCCACCUUGGACUACAUAAAUGGCCACCAAAUGCUACAAGAACAACAACAACAACGCCAUUGACAUGGCAUAUGCCAUAAAAUAUGGUUGUCAAACUCAAAGAAAGGGGAACAUCAAGAACAAGGGGAGUCAUAGUUUGAAGUAGACCAUGUUAAAACUUGAAGUCUUCCAGAAUUUCUUCCUUUCCAGAAUCAUUGUUACUUGGAACGGUAUCCCCACCAACAUCAGGUGAAAACUUUUUCCAGAAGGGAACACACGAAAAUCAAAAGUUACAAUGUCCAGUAUGCAGGGCAUGUAUAGUAUGCGGAGCCCAGCUGUGAAGAGAUUGAUGAAAGAAGCCCAGGAGUUGAGGGAACCAACAGAGCAAUAUCAUGCCCAACCAUUAGAGGACAACCUCUUUGAGUGGCACUUCACCAUCCGAGGUCCUGGAGAGAGCGAGUUUGAUGGAGGUUUAUAUCAUGGGAGAAUCAUCCUUCCACCAGAAUACCCAAUGAAACCCCCCAGCAUCAUCCUUCUCACACCCAAUGGCAGAUUUGAAGUGUUUAAAAAGAUCUGUUUGAGUAUAUCUGGUCACCACCCUGAAUCCUGGCAGCCAUCUUGGUCAAUCCGGACAGCCCUGCUGGCCAUUAUAGGGUUCAUGCCUACACAUGGAGCUGGUGCUAUUGGUUCACUAGACUACAGCAAAGAGGAACGGGCUAAGCUAGCAAAAAGGUCCCUCGAGUGGAAGUGUCCUACCUGUGGACAGGUGCAGAAUAUCCUUAAACCAGUCACUUCCGCCUCACAGCAAACCAGACAGGAGGCCAAGGAACUGGCAGCCCAGAUAAACUUCCAGGGAGAGAAGUCGAUGUCUACCUCAUCAGAGUCACCCAAAAGUCCCGGAUCAACACCCACACCUGUCAGUACAGCCCCGACUCCAACUCAUACAGCCACAUCCACUGCCACACCCACUUCUUCUCUCCCAGAUCAGGCACAGUUUACUCCUCCACUGGGACAGUUUCCUUUUGGAUCUCCUUACUUUCCCUACCCUUUCCCACCCACAUUGCCCACAGGACAGAAUGUGACUACUGGAGUGAUGGGAAUCCCACGGUUUCCACCUCCCCCACCUGCUAUACCAGCCAUGUUCCCUCCAGGGCUCAUGCCCAACUAUGGUUUUGGUGGGAUGCCUCAGAUUCCAAAUUCCAUGUUCUCCAUGCCAACCAGUGUUCCCAGUCCAACUCAACUCAAUAAAGAUCCUGCAACAAACAUGCCCAGUGCACAGUCUCAACCGACUACAAAAACAGAAACUCCUGUGAAAUCUGAGAACGCGACUCCAUCAUCUGGUGCGAAUAAAGAUGAAAAGGACCCUCAUGUGAGUUCUAGUGAGCAGACUGCUGAUGCAGACUCUGAUGAUAUAAAUAACCCUGACAACGCUAAUGCUGCUACAGCUACAGAGGCAACAGAAAGUCAAUCAAACCCCACAACAACAGAGACGACAGGUGUCCGACAAAGAUUGGGUGGUGUUGUCACUGAACCUCCCAACAUGCCCUACAUGCAGCCUCCAGUUGGAUUAGUGGGUCAAAAUGCAGAACUUCCCAGAAAUACAGACUCGAGGUGGCAGUUGUCCACCCUCCUCAUUGCCCUUGUCAGUCUGGCCAUUGGACUGCUCCUCCUCCGAAGGUUUAUUCUGUCACGCACUUGGAGAUUCUAUUAUGGACUCUGAUGAAGCAUGAUGUAAUUUUUAAGAAAAUUGUUCAUGAUUUAAUACAGCUUUUGACACAAAAAUAUAAACAGAUCUUUUGAGACAGGCCGUUUAUGACAGGUAAUAUAAAAAAUAGAAACGACCGCCAUGACAGAUCACGCGUGAUGUUAUCUCAAUUAUCCUUUCUAUA